UCUCAAGGUCAUCCGAGAGCAGCUCCAGUGCAGACAUAAGGAUGAGGGGCAGCAGCUCCUGUUCCUUCAGGCCAUCUAUCCCGCAUGUCUGGCUGCACGGGAGAGAGGGGAGGACACGCUGGAGCCGCGCUGCUGCAAGACGGCUGUGGUGAAGAGGAUCGUGGAGCUCAUCGAGGAGCUUCCCGAUGACUCGUCACCCAGCGCUGUCCUCGCCCACUCCCUGGCUGCAGUGGGCUACCUCUGCUCCAUGAAACCUGCCCUGGAGCCAGCCGUAGAGACCCACCUCUUGCGAGCUGCCCUUCACUCCGUCUUCACCCUGGGCACGGAGAAGGACACCACCGGCAUCCAGACUCUGCACAAAGUCAUCCCAGAGGUCCUGGAUGCCAUGCUGGGGAACCUGCUGGCAGAGUCCCCAGACACAGACAGGCUCCACUUCAUCUUGGAGCAUGUCAACCUCUGGGUCGUGUCCAGGGUGUCCCAGGAGCGAGCCAGGGCUAUCAGGAGCAGCACAGCCCUGCUGAGAUACACAGUCACCCUCCCUGAGUUUGACAUCUCAGCCGAGUUCCCUCGGAUGGGUCACCAUGUGGCCCAGCUGGCUCUAUUUGUCAGCGAGCCAGACAAGGACAUCAGCCGGCAGGCCAGGGAGGGGACUUACCGGCUCUACCAACUGCUGCUCCAACAGAGGGGCCUGACCAUACAUGAGGCAGAAGAUCUCUGGUGCUAUGACUGGCACCAGGACAGCAGGCUCUUGGGAUACAAGAAUACAGCCAGAGUGGGGGAGGUCUUUGAAAAAUUCUUCUCCGUCGGGCAGAGAAGAUCCUUUGUGCAGACAGCAUUGCUGGCCAUCCACGACCCCCUGCUGCGUGUCAGCCAGGCUGGGCUGGUGCUCGUCUACUCCCUCCUGGGGGAAGCCCAGCAACUGAUGGGGGACACGCACGAGGAUGUCACAGCCAAGGUCAUGGGCCAGCUUCACAUGAUCCGACACUUGCACCAGAUACCCGAGGCGCUGCAAGGGCUGUGGCUCAUCUGAUGCUCUUCAAGGUUCCCCUCCCUGUUCAGCAAGUCCCGCUCCCUGCUGCAGAGUCUGACAUGAAGAGGAGCCUCCUCCCCGCAUGUCUUCUAGGCCCUGGGGUGUGUGACAGCCUCCCAGAUGGGUGCAGUCAGAAGCUGAACCACCUCAGGGAGCAGUGGGGACAGGUCCCUUGUCCUAGGAAGCCAAGCAGUGGUAGUUCUCAAAGAGGCUGAGAGGGAAGACCCCGCUCCCUCUUGGAGCAAGAGGCUCCCCAGAGAACUCCUCCUCAAACCUGUUCUCCUGGGAGCGUUUCUGGGAGGAGGCUCCCGUCCCUCAGUCUCCAACUCCAUCAUGCAGUCUCUUUCACCUAACAUCUCCGCCCUCCAGCUCCACUUCCCGCAGCAGGACAAACGGACCUUCAGCUCCUAGAGAACAGACUCUGACCUCCUUCUGAUCAGCAAUGGGGUUUCACCAUCCCCUCAGCAAACCUGUCAGCCGGGCUGGACCGGAUUUGAAGGAGGAGGGUAUCUAACAGGGUGUCUUGGCCUAUGGCUGCCUAGCCUGGGGCUAGGCCAAAUUGAUGACCAAGUGAUCCCCACCUGAGAGGAAACAAGGGAAAACAGCAGCAAAAGUCCAGAAGCAGAGCGAGCUGUUCAGUAGACGGCCUUGGGCCAAACCCUGGAGUCCAGGGUAGGACUGGCUUCUCUCACCGUCCCUAAGGAAGGGGACAUAGAAGACCAUAGAAACCCAAGAAGGGCAGGCCGAACCGAAAUCAGGCUGAGGAAGAACUCCCCACGAGGGUGGAAGGCCUUGUUUCUGUUCAAGACAUUUUGGGACUUUGUUUGCAAGGAGGACGACCCAGGAAGGAGUGGAGUAAAGGACAGUUACCUGGUUGGAGGGCUGAGUUCCCAGCCAACAAACUGCAAGAGUGAGUAUCAGCGGGGUUGCUAGCCCAGCGAGAAAGCGAUGACACGAGGCCUGGCCAGCAUCUAGCGGGUAGAAAACUUCUCUGUCGAAUCCGCUGAUUUGAUUGCUUCGUCUUCUGGUUUCAGACCCUCUGUUCUCCUUCUGGGGUGCCUGGACCCUGAUUGUAACAUCUCUCUGGCCCAGCCUCUUACACAGAUGUGUGCUGCAGCCAGCCCAGCACAGGGAGCAGUGGGGACAGAUGAUCUCCUCCUGUCAGACCAAGCAACAGGGGUCCCAUUGAGGCUUAGAUGGAAGAUCCCAGGCAUCUCCUGGAGAGGAUGCAUCCGGGACCCUGGAGACUGUUUUGUGCAGGAGGUUUGAGCGGGGAGAGGUCACUCACUGUCCUGACCCAUGGGUCAUUAACCCAGGUCUGCAGGGUUCCUGGGAGCAGCCACCCUCCAGCAAGCCACCUGGAAGCCUACGAAAAACUGCUUAGCUAGGACUGACAAAGUCCAGACCCAGUCUGAGGCUCCUAUUGGCAGAGUCCCAGAGCAGCUAAUCGGCCCCCAGGACCUCCUUAAACCAGCAGCAGGAAGAAGAAGCUGUCUGAACAGCCGAGCUCCUCCCCGGCUCUGGACCGUGUGUUGGCUGUUCCUGCUCCCACUCCCCAGGCUUGAUUUCCUGGCAUCCGGACUCAGGGUGACUCACCUGACUUGAGGUUCUGAACACAAUUUGGUCUUUUGCUUCUGCUCUUCCACUGUCCUGACCCAGCUGACUCUCGACUCCUGUCUUGUGAGUGUGGACUCUGCCUCUGAGCACGAGGUCUGGCUGCCCAUGACCCAGCCAUGACACUGACUUUUCUACAAUUCCUCCAAUGCCCUUUUCUGCUCUCCAGCUCUGCUCUCCCAGCAAGACACACCGAUUCCUUGGCUCCCAGAGUCCUGCUUGCCUGCUAGUCAAGGGCUCAGGGGGAGAGCUUGUUUUGCCCCCUCCCCCACCACAGCUGCUUAUCCUCGGGGACUCUCCCUAGCGCAGAGGAGAAUCCGUCCUGGCAGCAAUUCAGGAAGUCACAGAAGGGACGGUCUGCUCAGCUCCCUCUGCAAUGCCACUGCCCGAGACCAUUACGAGUGGGUGCCCAGUGACUGCGCCGGCAGCUCCUUGAGAGACUCCUGGGGGCAGGGUAGUCGUGUUUCACGGUGACCGCGGGAAGCCAUGCGAAGAGUGCGGCAUUGAGGAGACUCUCCUGCUGUCCCAAAGGGUUUCUGUUCUCCUGCACAGUCAGACUGUGGGGCCAGGCUGCAGAAUGGGGAAGAGCUGGUUGGUGAUGAGUUGGAAGAUUCACCAUACAGGUGGCAGCAGCUGCAGAUCCUGGAGUCCCUGUGGUCGGGUUACCAUGCGUCCGGAGUUUCCCGGACAUGUCCGGCUUUUUGGGUUUUAAAUUGCCCUCCAGGGGGAAUUUAUAAAACUCUCAAAAGGUCCAGGAUUUCCCUCCCAAUGCAGCACUCUGGGGGCGGAGGGGGAGCUGCGCACUCUGCGGGGGAGCACGGCACUGUGUCUGGCUCUGCACCCCAGACACAGUGCUCUGAGCAACAGGGAACGGGGGCC